CAAUCGGGUCGGUCCGGGUCGGGUUCGGUUGCUUGCUUGCUGGGCCAGGUUCGGGGCCGCGGAGCGGAGAGCGGAACGGGGGGGAGCGUCGCUCGAGGGGGUCCCGAUCCGCCACCGCAACCAUGCCGGCCGUUUCCAAGGGAGACGGGAUGCGGGGCCUGGCCGUGUUCAUCUCCGACAUCCGAAACUGUAAGAGCAAAGAGGCUGAAAUCAAACGAAUCAACAAAGAGUUGGCCAAUAUCCGGUCCAAAUUCAAGGGAGAUAAAGCCUUGGAUGGUUACAGCAAGAAAAAAUAUGUCUGCAAGCUGCUUUUCAUAUUCCUGCUGGGCCAUGACAUCGACUUUGGUCACAUGGAGGCUGUCAACCUGCUCAGCUCCAACAAAUACACAGAGAAGCAAAUUGGUUACCUGUUCAUUUCAGUGUUGGUGAACUGCAACAGCGAGCUGAUCCGCCUCAUCAACAACGCCAUCAAGAAUGACUUGGCGAGCCGCAACCCCACCUUCAUGUGCCUGGCCCUGCACUGCAUUGCCAAUGUGGGCAGCCGUGAGAUGGCCGAGGCCUUUGCCUCUGAGAUCCCCCGCAUCCUGGUGGCCGGUGACACCAUGGAUAGCGUGAAGCAGAGUGCUGCCCUCUGCCUCCUGCGCCUCUACAAGACCUCACCCGACCUGGUGCCCAUGGGAGAGUGGACGUCGCGGGUGGUGCACCUUCUGAAUGAUCAGCACAUGGGCGUGGUCACAGCUGCCGUCAGCCUCAUUGCCUGCCUCUGCAAGAAGAAUCCUGAUGACUUCAAGACGUGCGUUUCAUUGGCAGUAUCCAGGCUCAGCAGGAUUGUGUCAUCGGCCUCCACAGACCUCCAGGACUACACCUAUUACUUUGUGCCAGCCCCCUGGCUCUCGGUCAAGCUCCUGCGGCUGCUUCAGUGUUAUCCUCCCCCAGAAGAUGCAGCAGUGAAAGGACGUCUGGUUGAGUGCCUGGAGACUAUACUCAACAAGGCCCAGGAGCCACCCAAGUCCAAGAAGGUCCAGCACUCCAAUGCCAAGAAUGCUAUCCUCUUUGAAGCCAUCAGUCUCAUCAUCCACUACGACAGCGAACCCAACCUGUUGGUGCGGGCAUGUAAUCAACUCGGCCAGUUCCUACAGCAUCGGGAGACCAACCUCCGAUACCUGGCCCUUGAGAGCAUGUGCACCCUGGCCAGCUCUGAAUUCUCCCACGAGGCCGUCAAGACCCAUAUUGAGACCGUCAUCAAUGCCCUCAAGACGGAGCGGGAUGUGAGUGUCCGCCAGCGGGCUGCUGAUCUCCUCUACGCCAUGUGCGACCGCACCAACGCCAAGCAGAUCGUCUCGGAGAUGCUCAGCUACCUGGAGACGGCAGAUUACUCCAUCCGCGAGGAGAUUGUGCUGAAGGUGGCUAUCCUUGCUGAGAAGUACGCAGUGGACUACAGCUGGUAUGUGGACACCAUCCUCAAUCUGAUCCGUAUCGCCGGGGACUAUGUGAGCGAGGAGGUCUGGUACCGUGUCAUCCAGAUUGUCAUCAACCGAGACGAUGUCCAAGGCUAUGCUGCCAAGACGGUCUUUGAGGCCCUACAAGCUCCCGCCUGCCACGAGAACAUGGUGAAAGUUGGCGGCUACAUCCUAGGGGAGUUUGGGAACCUCAUCGCUGGAGAUCCUCGCUCAAGCCCUCUGGUGCAGUUCAACCUCCUGCACUCCAAGUUCCACCUCUGCAGCGUCUCCACCCGGGCUCUGCUUCUCUCCACCUACAUCAAGUUCAUCAACCUCUUCCCUGAGACCAAGGGCACCAUCCAGGAAGUGCUGCGCUCCGACAGCCAGAUCCGCAACGCCGACGUAGAGCUGCAGCAGCGGGCGGUUGAAUACCUCAAGCUCAGCUCUAUCGCCAGCACCGAUGUCUUGGCAACGGUGCUGGAAGAGAUGCCUCCAUUCCCUGAGCGCGAGUCCUCCAUCCUGGCUAAGCUCAAGAAGAAGAAGGGCCCCGGAGCUGGCAGCGAGCUGGACGACGGCAAGAAGGACCCCAACUCCGAAAUCAAUGGGGGCAUGGAACCCUCAACCAGCACUGCCUGCAGGAGUAGAGAGAAAGCAUGCUCCCACAGCGCAGGGCCCGGUGCCUUUUCCUCUGCCCCCAAGUCGACGCCAUCCCCCUCGGCCGACCUCCUCGGCCUCCGGGCAACCCCAGCAGCUGCCUCCGGCGUCCCAUCCAGCGCUGGCAACCUUUUAGUGGACGUCUUCUCGGACAGCCCCUCAUCCGCAACUGGCCUUGUGUCUGGCGCAGAAGAUAACUUCCUGAGCUCAGGGGCUGCCGCAUCUGUCUCUGAGGACCCCGCUUUGCCUAUUGCUGAGGCCGAUGAACUGCUUAACAAGUUUGUGUGCAAGAACAACGGAGUGCUCUUUGAGAACCAGCUGCUGCAGAUCGGGGUGAAAUCAGAGUUCCGGCAGAACCUGGGCCGGAUGUAUCUCUUCUACGGGAACAAAACGUCCAUCCAGUUCCAGAGCUUUACCCCUACAGUCAGCUACCCAGGAGACCUGCAGAGCCAGCUCAACAUCCAGACAAAAGCAGUGGAGCCUCUGGUGGAGGGAGGCGCUCAAGUGCAGCAGGUCCUGAACAUCGAGUGCCUGAGUGACUUCACAGAGGCACCCCUCAUCAACAUAAAAUUCCGGUACGGUGGGACGCUGCAGAACCUCACACUCAAAUUGCCCGUAACGGUCAACAAAUUUUUCCAGGCAACAGAGAUGCAAUCACAAGAUUUCUUCCAGCGCUGGAAACAGCUCAGCCUGCCGCAGCAGGAAGCCCAGAAGAUAUUCAAGGCAAACCACCCCAUGGAUUCCGAAGUUACCAAGGCCAAGCUGCUAGGUUUCGGGAGUGCGCUCUUGGAGAAGGUGGAUCCAAACCCCGAUAACUACGUAGGAGCUGGGAUCAUCCAGACGAAGGCGCUGCAGGUGGGAUGCUUGCUGCGGCUGGAGCCCAACGCCCAGGCACAGAUGUACCGUCUGACCCUCCGCACCAGCAAGGAGUCCGUUUCGAAGCACCUUUGCGAGCUGCUCUCUCAGCAGUUCUGAGACAUUGGCCGCACCAGAGGAGGCGGGGAGGGCGGGGUGCACCGGGGAGAGGGGAGGCUGUUCCUGCACAUGUGGCUGCCUACACCUGCCCCCUCCCACCUCCCUCCAGACCAGGGGCCUCUGGAAAGACUGUACUGCUCCCUUGCCUGUUGUUGUGAUGACCUCUGUGUUCUCAUUGCCUAGCCCGGGCCAGCACCAAGGAAUAAAAAGCAAGGUGGGCGGGGUGGGGAGCAGAAAUGGGGUCCCUGGCAUGGACAAAGUAGAAUUGGGACGGUGGGGAGGGGUGGGUGGGAUGAUUUGCGUGGGGGCGGGGCAUCCUUCUGGGAGUCAUCUUCCCCUUGCCCAGAGGGUGCCUCCCCCCCAGAAGAAAGCCAAGACCUCUCCCAUCCCAUCUGCCUGUCCCUUCCAACUUGGGGUGAGGCUGAUAUUUGUGGUCUCAAUCCCCACCCCUACCCCACAAAUAUCGGCCGGCAUUUUUGGGUUUUGUUUACAGUCCUCGCCCCCUUCUCUCCCCAGACAAGGCCUUUCUGUGGGAGAGCUCAACUCCCCCUGCCUUCCCCUGAGCUGGCUGUGGGGUGGGGUGGGGGAGAGGAAUGGGGUGCGUGGGGGUUUUUUGUGGGGAGGGAACUGCUCGUAAGGGGUUGUUUUUGUGUUUCUUUGCCUUGUGUAUUUCCCCGGGGUGGGACGGGACUGGCUGUUCUUCCUUUCCUUUGUCAUGGACCAUUCCAGUGUUACAGUUGCGUGUGUUUUUGUGGGGAAGUAACCAUAAGUCGAGAGCCUCCCCCCCUUCUCUUGCCUAGAAGGAAAAACUGCACGAAGGUGGGGAGGGCUGUGAGGAAGAGAUGCCUAAUCGACUCCUCUCCCUCUCCCGACUCCCCUCAACCCCACCCUUCCCUCCUGGAGACUCUGGAAUGCUGCCCUCCGUGCAUUUUGGGAAAGCGGGGAGGGAAGGUUCAGUUCAUGCUAUUCUGGGGGUGUCCCAGCUUCCAUGCCGGCCCGGGCUCCAUGUUACUCUGCUGUGUAGGUGUUAUCUAGCGCAUCUUAGUUUUAUCUGGGUUUUGAAUGCCUGUAUCUAUCUCCAUGUGACUCUUAAUAAAGCCGUGAGGGCGGGGGAGAGCCAGGAUCAAGCCAGGCUGGGUCACCCCCACACCGCUGACUGACUCGUUGUGUGCUGCUUUUUAAUAUGUGGAUAAAUGGCAUAGCGGGAGUGGCAGGGCGGGAGGGUGUCCCCACCCCCUGGAGCAGAGUAGCCAUGACUGUGUGAGACAGAAUCUGGUAUUCGUUCCAUGCGGGCUUCUAUAGUGUGAUGCGAGGGCAGCUUUGUCUUCACAGUUGGAACCCACUAUGUUUCGGGUGGGGGUGGUUUGCCCCGACACCCGCAGAAGAGGGGGGUUCAGCUGUAUGGAAUUGGAAGCAGCACUGGUAGGCUGGGAAGCAGUCGAAACACUUUGCGGCCGAAGUGGAACAAUUCCGUUAUGUCAAUGGCACAAGACACAAAGUGUGUGCUUUUGCUGGGGCUAGAAUGCAGGGGUGCUUUCUAGGGUACCCCAGCCGUGGGACUGAAGGCAAGACUUUUUAAAAAGAGGAAGGAGGCCCACUUCUUCCUCAGAAGCACAAUGCAUUUACCUUUGUAAUCUCUCACCUUCCUGCAAAGCCUAAAAGCAGUGGGGAAUGGAGGGGGCUGAUUAAAGAUUAGGAGACCAUGUUCGCUUCCCUAAGAUAUACCAUUUCUGGUGGGUGUUGAAAUCUGUAACAAGCCCCUCCCUUAAUUCUGUGGUGUGAAUAAAUUAUGCAGAUCACCUGCAUAAAUGUA